AUGUCACGUGGGAAAGAAAGAACAAAUGUACCCCAAAGAGAAGCAGAAGAAGCAGCUGAAGCCAAGGCCAAAUUACCAGCAGUCAAGCUGAAGGCAUCAGAAGCCAGUACAGGGCCAAAGACGGAAACAGCAAAAGAGGCAAGGUCUGACGCAAUAGCCAGAGCCGCAGAGAAGGUGGCACGAUCACAAAUUGCAUUGGUUUUGCAAUCGGCAAAAGCAGAGGUAGAACUUAGACCUUUAUAUAUUAUUGCUGUUGUAACUGUUGUGAUUAUUAUGCCGUCAAUGUACAAAGUGCUUUUCAGAUUAACAGCAAGCAGGUUCUGCCCUUGAGAAGCUUAUAAUCUUAAUUUCAGCAGUGGGAGUCACAAAGCAGUUACAUGUACUGAGGCUGUUUUGGUUGAGGAGUGAGCAAAAGGCUCAAAGGAAAAGGUGGAUUUUGAGGAGGCGUUCUCGGUGGGGGGUUGGAUUAAUUAUGGCAAGAGGACAGAAAGAAAGAGAAACCAAAGGACUCUUGAAUGGCUGGGGAAGGACUGUAGCUCAGUGGCAGAACAUCUGCCGAGCAUGCAGAAGGUCCCAGGUUCAAGCCCCAGCAUAUUCAGGUAGGGCAGGGAAUGUCCCUGUUUGAAACCCUGGAGAACAGCUGCCACUCAGAGUAAGGUAAAGGUAAAGGACCCCUGGACCGUUAAGUCCAGUCAAAGGCAACCGUGGGGUGCAGCGCUCAUCUCACUUUAGGCCGAGGGAGCUGGCAUUUGUCCACAGACAGCUUUCCGGGUCAUGUGGCCAGCAUGACAUAGGCAUUGCUGAGCUGGGUGGUAUUAGUCAGGUAGCUCCUUACCCUAACCCUAUCUUGGCUUGGACCAUGAUGUCAGUGCAAUAUGAGCAUGUACAUCAAAGCCAAACUCAUUCUCCAACAUCACUGUUUUGCCUAACAAGAGUAGACCGGAGAAUCCCUUAGAUCCCCCAGAGCAAAGUUCUGAUAUUUGCAUUGACAAUUCUGAUAAAUCUGUUGCUGACUUUUUAGCUGAGGCACAGAAGAAGAAAUCCAAGCUUGAGACAAAAGGAUACUCUUCUGAACAACUUGGAGGAAAAUGGAAUAAAUGAGACUGAAAUGCAAUGA